UUUCCUGCCUAUGUUCCAGCUUGUUCCCAUUUUGCCAGGGUGACAAAGUUGAGAACAGGGCCUAACUACCCACAGUGUAUAUAUAUAUAUAUUUUUGUUUCUACUGCUUUUUAUUUAGUUUCUCGCUGUUCGCCGUGUGUUUCAAAAGGUGCCGGUUGUAUUUUGUGUUUCAGCGGCAGGCUAUUUGCAUAACCAAUCGACAAAAUACGUUUGCCAGUCCACCCCGAAGUACCAAAGAAGUACCUCCUCCGGUUUGGCACUUUCGGUACUGGUCCUUGACCCGAAGUGAAUGGAAAAGCGAAAGUACCGUCCUUUGUGCGGUGGAAAAGCGCCCCAAGUAAUAGGGAGGAAUAAUAAGGGUGUGAGUAGUCAGGAUCGUUUUCAUAUGUCUGUCAGGAACUUGAUUGCAGCAUUCUGGACUAACUUAAACGAACAAGGGACAAAUUGUUGACUCUAUUGUAUAAUGAAUUGCAAUAGUCUAGCAGAGAGGAGACAAAGGCAUGACUUAGUUUUUCAAAAUCAGAUACAGAAAGAAACGGCUUAACUUUGGCUAAUACCCAUAGUUAAUCGAAAUAGGCUUCGGCAACUGAAUUAAUGUGUCAAAUUUAAGGGCACCAUCAAAAAUUACACCUAGGGUUUUAGCAAAAGGCAUGCAGCAGGUUAUCAGAGGGUCGAAGAUACUUGCAGGAGCACAGUGGACUGACCCUGUAUUCCACUAGAUGAAGAAGCAUUAGCGUGCUUCUUCCAGUCAGCCAGUGACACCUUGAGAAGGACGCUAGACGCACCGUCCUCGGCCGGCCGUCUGCCUGCUCCAGCCUGUGAUUUUCAUCUUUCAUAAUGAAGAAUGUGAAGAUAGCGCCGCUUCUCCUGCUUCUCACUGUGGUGCACAUCUGCUGUGCACAAGCCGACUACGCCCCUUAUUUUUUUGAUAACGGACCAGACAGCCGUUGUGGGAACAUGGCUUUAUACAGCCUUUCAGAAGAUACUCCCAUCGGAUCGCACAUAUACACCCUCAAUGGAACUGACCCGGAAAAUGAUCCAGUUAGGUUUGGGUUGACCUUUGAUAAAGGGUCCAAGGAAUAUUUUGAAGUGGAUCCUAAGACUGGGAAUGUCACCCUCAUCGAGGAGCUGGACAGAGAAAAACAAGAUGAAAUCGAAGUCCUUGUCAGUAUUACAGAUGGACGCAACAAAGUGGUUGAAAAAGUAAGAGUAUUUGUCACGGAUGCCAAUGAUCAGCAACCAGAGUUUCAAAAUCUGCCCUUUGUAGUAAAUGUCCCAGAGGACGCAGCUACUGGUAGCAGUAUCUACAAAGUUCUGGCUCUGGACAGAGACAUGGGUUCUGGUGGCAGCGUGACCUACUACCUUCAGAGUAACCCUAUGAACAAGUUUGCCAUAGAUGGGCACAGUGGGGUCCUACGAAUAAAACCUGAUGAGACUCUGGACUACGAGACCUGCAGAACCCACGUCAUCAGGGUGCUCGCCAAGGAUGGUGGUGGAAAAUUCAAAGGAAAGUAUCUAGUGAUGUCAUCAUCAGCUACUGUGACAGUCAAUGUAAUUGACACCCAAGACACUCCCCCCACCUUUGUUGGCACCCCAUACUUUGGAUAUGUCUAUGAAGUCUCAAUUCCAGGUUCUGAAAUAUUCACUGUUUAUGCUAGAGAUGGAGACCAGGGUAACCCUCAUCCUAUGCGGUAUGCAAUUAUUAAUGGAAGUGACGACGUUUUCACCAUAAACAGCACAAGUGGAUGUGUCAGUCUACUUACUUAUCCUAUUUACCUUAAUAAAGAAUUUUUUGAGCUGAAAAUAAAGGCGUCAGAGCUGGGUGAAGGUGGGGAGCUGCUGGACCACACUACUACCACGCUGACCAUCCGAGUGGAGGACCUGAACAACCACCCUCCCACUUUCUACGGGGAGAACGGGCCGCAGAGCGAGUUCGAGCUGACCAUGUACGAGCACCCACCGGAAGGGGAGAUCCUGAGGGGCUUGAUGAUAACCGUCAACGACUCCGAUCAGGGUGCAAAUGCCAAAUUUAACUUGAGGCUCGUGGGACCGAGUCACGUCCUGCGGGUGGUACCACAGACGGUGCUCAAUGAAGCGCAGGUCACCGUGAUAGUGGAGAACUCCGCCGCCAUCGACUACGAAGGACGCCACUCUCUGGCAUUCAAGCUCCUUGCUGUUGAGAUUGACACCCCUGAGAGAUUCAGUGCGACCGCUGACAUCAUCAUUCACCUGCUGGACACCAACGACAACAUUCCGAAGUUCUCCUCAGAAUUCUACAUUGCCAGGAUCCCCGAGAAUUCCCCCGGCGGCUCCUCUGUCAUAUCCGUGACAGCAACUGAUCCAGACUCUGGUCUCUGGGGCAACGUAAGAUACACCAUAUAUGGAUCAGGAGCUGAUUUAUUUAUCAUUCACUCCACGUCAGGCGUUAUCUACACGCAGCCCUGGGCAGCCCUUGAUGCCGAAGUGAAGUCCAAGUAUAACUUCUACGUGAAGGCAGAAGACGCAGAAGGAAAGUACAGCCUGGCUGAGGUUUUUGUCACGGUUGUGGAUCAGAACGACCACCCGCCGGAGUUUGAUGACAACGUUUUUGAAAAGACCAUGGUUAUCGGGGACCCUGUUAAAAUAGAGGCCAUCGACGACGAUGCAGAAGAACCCAACAAUGUCAUUGAGUAUUCCAUCAUGAAAGCUGACCCAGGUGACAUUUUCGACAUCAACAUGGACACAGGAGAGAUUGUGCUGAAGUCAUACAUCAAGUCCAUGGACAUCGUGCAGAACAUCACCAAGCAUAAGGAUUGCACCUGGUCGCUGGUGGUCCAGGCCAGAGACAGAGGCUCCCCAUCAUUCAGCACCACGGCAGUAGUGAAGAUUGACCUCACAGAAGCGACUCAGCUCAAGGGGCCCAUGGCUGCCUUUUUAAUGCAAAGUAGGGACAAUCCAUUGAAAGCCAUAGGUGUGGUCGCAGGUUUGAUUGGUUCUAUGGUAGUUGUGACGGUCCUGAUUUCAACGGCUAUUUACAUGCGCAAUACAAAGUCUAAUAGAGUAAUGCCCACUCGGCGAGUUAUCAGGAAGCGUCCGAAAGACUACCAGCCAUGGACUUCCAAGUUGCCGUUCAAGACUCGGGCAGACCCUUCUGAAAAGUUUCUGGUUCGAGGGGGCAAUGGUGAGAAUCACAAUGGGAACAACAACGUGCGUCGCCCCCCACCUCCUCCCCCUUGCGCCCCCACUACACCCGUGCCACCUCUGUCCAGUGUCAGACACGGCGAGUGGCAAGAGACAGUACCCACCGUCUCUGGGGAAGUGGCAUCCAAAACCAACCGAAAGUUCCGUCGGAACAGGGAUGAAGUCAGCUCGGCGCUGGUCUCUGAACUGAAGAUGAAGUUGGAGCAAAGAAUGCUGGAGAGCAACCAGACUUACUACUGACCAGUUUUAUGACCAGAAUCACACAGGAAUCACAGUACAUGAGGCACAGCUAAUCCUGCAAGAGAACUCAUGGUUCUAUGAGAACCACCAGAACCAGAAGGACAGACCAGGUCUUGCUCAGCAGGAUAGCUUUUUAAAAAAUCCACAGUUCUGGGAUUUUAGGGGAGCGUCUGAAGAAUCAGUAACUGUCAUUUGAGUUGAAAAAGCUUUUGAAAAUAAUUCAACUUGUUUGAGAUUAAAACCGACCAGUAGAAUGACUUGAUUGAUGUUGAUGAUCAGGGACGUCUGUCCAGGAUUCUUAGCACCUUAUGUUUAACAUGGGACUAGUGAACUUAAAAUCCGGACUGAUGAAGGUCCAGUCAGAAGUUGCAGAAGUAGUUUUAGUGUAUUUUUUAUUUGUUUCUUUGUUGGAUACAUUUCAUCUUUUCGCAGCUGGAGAAAGAGAGAGUCAUUGCUAAGCGUCUUGAUGAUCAGAGUGUACACUGCACUGCCAUCUUCUGGAUUAUAUCACCUUAUUCUUACUGGAGAGUCAAGGAAGAAAAACGAGGGAGUGGAAAUCCAUAUGUUUUCUUUUGCUAUAUAAUUCUGUGUGUUUUUAUGAUGCUUUGAUGCACAGUUUUAUAUAAUAAUUACUGCAGAAGGUUUUUAUCCAGCUAAAAUGUUUUGGUUAACUAAAUGAAUUGAUAGCUUCCAUUAAUGUUGUCUGUAUGUACUAUUGUCGGAUACAGUGAGUUAUAAGUGGCAAAAUUCUGAAUUUCUAAAUUAAACAUGGAGCUUUUCACAAGCUCAUGUCUACUAAUUUUGAGGACCCAGUUGCUUAAAUAACUGCAGACUGGGUUUUGCUUAGAUAAGCAGAUUGAUAUUAUACCCGGCUUUGUAUUAUGAUUCUGUAUGGAAACAAAGUUUCUGGAAUCUGAUAUUUAAGCCCGUCUCUUUACCAGGAAACUGAAAUGCAUUGUGAUGUUCGUGUAAUGUAUCAAUCACUGCUGUUAACCAUUAUUCUAAAUCAGUAUUUGUCGUAUACUUACGAAUACUUACCCAUAAUGCAUCACAGCAUGUUUAACGUGUUGCAUAAAAUACUUCGUCAUAAGACCUGUUAGUGAUGCUCCCUCUGUGAUGCAAGAGGCUCCUAAGAUUCUCCUUAGUAGUGGCACCAGCCCGCCAAGCCUGGAACUUGUCGAUUGUUUCUGAAUCAGCUAAUUGAUUUAUUUCCACUUUUCUACAGGGAACCCGAGGGCUGCACAGCACUAGAGUUAUAUCGCUAACCGAUGUCAGUUUAUAUUUAGCUGCAAAGAUUUUCCAUUAAUGCAGUCUCACCAAAAAUUAAAUGGACAUCAUUUACACAUUAUAAGCUGUGAUAUUAAAGUGAGGAUUUUGCAGUCAUACAAUAUAUGUGUUCACAUUUACUCUAGGAAGAAGGUCAUUGUGCCUGCAAAAAUUAAAAAGUCUAAAUAUUCUAUACUAUGUAUGCCAAUUUUUUUUUUGUGAUUUCUAUGACCUUUAUUGUACUGCACCAUAGCAGUUUUUGAAUUAAAAGUGAAUAAUUAUUUGAAUUGAAAGUAAAAUAGUGAAUUAAAUGCAAGUGAAUUAAUGAAUGAUGAUUGCACAUACAUUGCAUAAUCAGUUCUGUAUCAAAAUGCAUAAGUAUUAAUAUUGAACUUCUAGCAGCGAGUCAUUGAUCUUGUUCAGUAGCUGAGCCUCACGAGCACAGGUGCAGCAUUGUACUAAAAGUGUUGCCAUUGUUACUGUUUUAUCAAAGAAUCAUGAAGCAGAUUGAAUCUAAUGUGAUCUACAUGUGAACCAUGUAUAUGAUAUAUUUAUGUAUUGUCUUUGUAUCUCUUAUUUUCAUAAAUAAAGCAUAUCAUUUUAGAAA